AUGUUACUUCCCCGGGAACAUUUGCCUCUGGCUAGUCUCGAUUUUUCUGCCCCCGAUAAUGAAUUACCACAGACCCGUUUCGUCGAGUCUCAUGUCAAGAUUCUGGAUCUUGAAAGUCGCCUAGGGUCUUCACCGAGCAUUGUAAUUGCAAGAAACGAGCCAAAACGCACAAUAUAUGCCCUCGAGAGACAACAAAAUGGUCUGUACGUCAUGUGCAAACUGGGUUCUUGGGUCGACCUUGGAGAAUUGGCAAGGCGGGCCACGGCACUAUGCCACGAACGUCUGGCUCCUGCCACGCAGCACCGACACGAGAGGGAAGAUAGCGCGGCAUUGACGACACCCCAUUUGUACAAGGAGCAUAAGAAGAAGAGAGCUGCCAUUGAGGCUAUUCAAAGCCUCGUCAGGAAGAAAUCAAAGCCUCAGGCGGUGCAGCAAGAACAUGGAAGCAUCGAAAAAAACGACGAAGUGGAUGUAGACACACGGGUAUCGCGACUGCCACCCCCAGAGAUCAAAUCCGACGAACAACAUUUGGUGAACGUACAGGAUGCGUCAACGACUUCCGUUGACGACGCGACGCCAGCUUCGUCGCAACAAACCGCAGAGGAAAUAUUUGACAAUAUUCGCACGCAAUAUUUUGAAGCAUUGUACAGAUCUAUGGGUUCGUUGGCGUAUUUUGCCAAAGGUCCCCUUUCACGAGCGCGAUCCGCAUUCCACCUGGAUCUCGAGUCCAAUUUGAACAUGUCAGACUUGAUCGAAUUUUUGAAGAGUCUGAUCCUUACGACGAUGCAAAUAGACAAAAAAUAUCGUGAAACCAUUCCAGAAAUCAUUGCCAAAAUGAAGACUUUGAUCGAGACUUCAGACGAAGGUCGUAAGAAGAAGCGCAAGCUUAGAAAAAUGAAGCUUGGAAAGGAUUCAUUAUAUCCCAUGGAAGACGAAAGCAUCCGCAGGUGGUGGAAUGCGAACAAGCCGGAAACUAACGAGGAAGAAGCAUCAAUCUCGACAACACAACUCAAGUCGCAUGUUUUGAUGCUUCGAACCAGGGAGACUCAACUUCAAAUGAUUCUGAUUCUGGAAAUUCUUGCCUUGGAGCCGUUGAAAGCUGCGGAUGAAGCCGCGGUUUCGAACCUGCCCACCUUGCCAGGAGCAGACUCCCAACAAGAGCAGAAUAUGGCAACCCCGCCUAAGAAGCGGAACAAGCAUAACUUACCCGUCUUGUUAGAUGUACACGCAGACCGACUUACCAUUUGGCAGUCCACUGCCUUUGAUGAACAUCUCUUGUUGGCAGACUCUCAAGCUACACAUACUUUGGCCGAGGGCCAGACCCAGCAGAAAGCCUCGUCGGAGCCAUUGAGGGACUUUUGUGUGGAUGUAAUUGUACCCUUCUUUUCCGCCCGAUUGCCAGAGCGAUGCGAUGCGAUCAGUCGCAAACUCGGCGGUCCGGUUAUUGUGUCUCCUGUCACAUCCAAGGCACUGAAGCGAUUCUCUAGCAAAAAGGAGCAAAAGCCAGGCACUGCUACAAAGCGACCAGCUCCGCUUAAUUCCAGGAGAACACUGCAACGGGCUCUAUCAACGGAGCAGCUACAUCGGCGCAGCGUUUCCAGAGGCCCCAGCAACACAAUCGCACUAUUAAGAUCUGCAACGUCAACGUCUGUGCCAGGAAUAAAGCGCGAGGGAAGUGAGCCCUUGUCCUUGAAAGAUCUACAUAGAGUAGACUCUCUAAUGGGCAGAUCAAGACAACCUUUACUAUCACGGAGUAACAGCGCAAGCAAUCUUGAAGAAACCAAAGCAAGUAGGAAGGCACUGGUGGAAGCAGAGCUGAAGGAUGCAAUUUCUGCCCUGAGGAAACCGAAUCGUGAGGUUGUUGGCAAGGCUAUGGCAGAAGCAGACCAACGCCGCGCCAUAGCUAGUUUGUCUGCAAAGAAACCAAAGAGGAUGCCUAGGAGCACGUUGGCUUCUUCAAUUCAUGUUAAGGCCACGCCAGCAAACAAUCGCUUCCGAGACGUCCUCGCGAUGAAACAAGAGUCGCUCGUAGACGUCCCUCUGGAAAGCAUGGAGGAAGUCAUACCUCCCUCGAGCAUUGACCAUUUGAUUCCGUCCACAGGACACAGACAUAGUCACAGAGACGCUUUGGCGGAUAGCGUCUCGCCCGCUAUGGAUCUUGUUUGUGGUACACCAGCCCGGCCCUCGCUGCAGGCCAGUUUUAUUAGACGUAUGGCCAGCGACGGGCUUGCGAUUCCACAAUCAUCUCCACUGAUUAGCAGAAACAUAGGCAUGGUAGAUGAGUCCGCUGGGCCUCAAAGCCCAGUCGGAGACCCCACAGGAUUUCGAUCUUUGACCAAACUGUCUGACGAGGUCAUGGCAACACCAGUCAGGAAGAAUGUAUCAAGACUGGAUUUGAUCCAAAGUCCAGUGCCUGUCAAGGAAUCUGACCAGCAGAGGACGGUGUCGAUUUAUGAGAAACUCGGUUGGGACGAUGACUUUGAUGACAUUUGA